GUGGGGAGGCGUGGCCCCCGGAGCUGAAGAUGGACUGGGACAGCUGAUGGACAAACGUGUCUGGCUGUCAGCGUAGAGCAACACAAAGCUCGGAGACAUGGACUCGGACAAGAUGUUUCAUCCCAGCCUGGCGGCGGCGUUGAUGAAGUUGAAUCCCGAAGACGGCGAGAAGAUGAUGGAGUAUUUCCAAACCCAGGCGUUGCUCACCAGAGAGAAAGCCCUCCUGCAGGCGUCCGUGCGCGAGCAGAAGAAGCUGCUGGUGGAAAACGGCAAACUGAAGAAGGACAUCGAGCAGCUGAGGCGCGAGCUCAACGACAAACAGAGAAGACGCGGCGCUAAGGCCCUCCUCUCACCCAGCAAACCUGCCAACUCGCCUGCCGCCGCUGCGCCGCAGACCGCCGGCGAGGCGACUCGCAGGAGAAGACGAGACAAGAAAGCUGCUCCCGAAGCGCCCCUUCUCGAGGCGGCGCCCGCAGUCGACGUGUCGCGCCUCGACCUGAGAGUCGGGCGCGUCCUCGCCGUUCGCCGCCACCCGCUAGCGGCCGAUCUGACCGUUCGUGACGUAGACACGGGAGAGAAGGCCCCCCGCACGGUCGUCAGCAAGUGCCGGCCGGACGACCCGACGAGCUCGCUGGCCGUGUUGCUCUGCAACGUCAAGGCCUGCAAAGUGAAGGGCGUGGCUUCGCAGGCCCGCCUCCUGCGCUGCUUUCGGCCAGACGGUCCGGCUGAGCUGCUGGCCCCGCCCGCGGGCUCCGCCCCCGGAGACAGAGUCACCUUCCUCAACUACCCUGGUGAACCUGAGCCGGAGCUGCAGGCCAAGCAGCGCGUGUGGGAGCACGUUCAGCCGGACCUCCGGGUGGACGCCCGCGGCGUGGCCAACUACAAGGGCUGCGGCUUCCAGGUGAAGGGGAAAGGCCUGUGCAGGGCGCCGACCCUCACCAACUGCUCCGUCGGAUGCACAUAGACGUGAACGACGGCGUUCCAUGACGUCAUCGCGCUCGCGUGGUUACUGUUGUCGCUUCGAGCCAGGCCACCAUGGCUGACAUUUGACACGCGAAAAAAAACAAUGGCGGUGUGUUGUUCUCUGUUGGUGUGACAAAUGAAAACGACACUCGUGAGUUCCAUCAUGUUGUUCCUGAACGCCACAGACGAAGGGAAAUGUCUGAGAGCGACACUUGUGAAUGCCAUCAUUUGAUCCUGUCCAUUGUGAACAGAAAAUCCACUUGCUCGCUAAUUGAGUCCGAGCGC